AUGAGGCUGGAGCCGCCCCACCCUGUCUUCGGAGACUCCCCUUGGACGCAGCAAAGCGGAGGCUGUGGCGUCGAGGGCGACUUCAUACAGAUGGGCGUGUUGUUCCUGCAGGUGGCCAAUUCCUCCGCGGCUCAGGCCUCCAGGGCGGCGAGCGUCCUCGUCGGGGAGUGGGGGAAGUACCGCUGGGGGCUGUUCUCGGAAUCCGGGUUCCCGGAGGAUCCGAUGUAUAAGCCUUGGUACCGGAAGGGGGCGCAGUGGGCGGCCGCCGUCUGCACGGACGCCCACGUUCAUCAUCUGGCCUGCCAUCCGGACCAGGCGCAUCACUGCGCCUGGCCUCCGGAGGCGCAUCGCAACGCCACCUCUUCGUUGCUAUCACUGCCGCAUCUGCCACAGGUGACCAAGUUCUGCGACGGAGCCAGCCACAACGCCGAGGCUCCCACCAAGCAAAACGCCCUCUGCAGCGGCAGGUCCGCCUGGGAGGUUAUGAAACUCCACCAAGACUUCGCGCAUCUGAGAUACGCCGAUAAGGAAGGACCUCCCAAGCCCCCGUAUGUGCACUUUUUCAUCAGAAAACCGAACAAGCGUUUUUAUUCUCCUCAUGAGGAUACCACCGUCAUGAAUGUACAGCGUCGUUGGGAAUUCGUCAGAACGGUCAGGAGAGUCGUGGUCUACGAUCUCCCAAAUGGCGUCGAGGUGGCCCUCGUUGUGUUCAACGCGGAGGCUAGAGAGGCUGCCCCCCUCUCUAUGCUGGAAUCAACGAUAUCCGACCUAAGGGAGAGGGUGGGCUCGUCCCUUCCCAGAAACCCCUCCGGUGUGCGCCCAAGCCAGGCGUGCAUUGUGUGCGGCUUACAGAAAGCCAUCGAGGUUCUCGAGGCGGACGGAUACUCAGCCCAGGCCGCCAAUAUAGUGCUGGUGACCAGCGGGGAACACGGAAGAGAGACGGAAGCACCGAAGGUUCAACAGGUCAUCCAAGACUACGGCCUGCGCCUACUGCUGGUGCUGUACCCCUUGACAGAGCGCCCUGGGAUGCCAGCGCCCGAACACAGCCUGGUGCCCGUGGCGCGAGAAUCGGGCGGUCGGGUAUUCACCGUCAUGGACGAGGGCGUUGGUAUAGAUUCAAAGGUGAGCAUGCUCGUGUCCCUCAUGGAAGCCCUCACCGCUGCCGUGGCAGCGGGAGGAGCCACGACGCCCGUCCUGCUACACAGCGCCACCUACCAGGGAGGCAUCGCCUCUCUCAGCUCCGGGGCAUUCUCUCUGGACGACUCCGUGGCCGCCCAUGCCCGAUUCGCUAUCUACUACUAUGACCUCAACCACGUGGGGAACACCAUCCACCUGACGGCGCCCUCCGGAGCGACCUUCGCUUCCGUCAACAUGCAGGAGGAGGAUGGAGACGUCAAUAUGAUCUCUGUCAACCUGAACAAUGCCGAGCGCGGCGUCUGGCGCUACAAGGUGGAAAAUAGAGCCGACUCCCACCAGGCACUGCACAUUCAGGUCACAUCGUUUCCGAAUUUAGACAAUAAAGUCACCGUGAGAGUUUGGAGCAGCCAGGAGUCAGCGGAUGUUAUUACCGUCCCCAAUCAGCAGACACCUAUAAUCUUAUACGGCGAAGUGAAGAUGGGCGGAGCAGCCGUAAUGGACGCAGGGGUAAUGGCAACACUACAGAGACUUGGAACCAAUGCCACUGGUGGUACCUACGUGCCUGUCAGGGUACAACUGCUUGACCUGGGUACUGGAGAUCCUGAUAUCACGAGAGGCGAUGGUGUUUACUCCCGUUAUGCUCCUCCACUAGAGGGCCCUGCCAGAUACUCUGUGGUUCUCUCCGUGGAUGCAGGAAAGGCUGUCUUGGCACUGGCUCAAAUUCAUCUCCGGGAUCAUGAUUUGAGGCACCACAGGCAUGCCCUCACCAAGGAGGCUAACUGGGGCAGCUAUGAUGAAGGACGUGACUGGGCUGUGCCAUCCUGCUGUGGCAGUGUAGUACCUUUCGCCCACACCCGUCAGGCACCGGCUUUCACACGCCAAGUCACUGGACCAACCCUAGAUAUAAGAGAUUAUCACAUCCUCCACAGGGAUAAGGUCGCCCCUGCAAGAAUUGUGGAUUUGAGGGCAUGGGUUGAUUCAAGCAGUGGCCAGGUCGUGCUCGAUUGGACAGCUGUUGGAGAAGACAGGGACUGGGGAAGGGCUCAGCUUUAUGAGGGCUUCAUUGCCCGCUCAAAAUCACAGGCUGCCACCCAUUGUUCGGGAGAAAGGAUUAAGGGUCUGCCAGUUCCUUCAACAGCCACAACAAGGGAACGAGCUAGUAUUUCCAUUACAUUGUACGAAAAUAAAGGGCAGUGGGUAUGCAUCAGAGCUAUUGACAGCCAAGGAAACAAAGGGCCUCCAAGUAAUCCAGCAGCCAUAUGGCGACCUAUACCACCUUCUACAGACAGGGUUACUAUUAGAGCCAGAGGACCAGGUGGCUCAGGUCUUUCAUCUGGCUUUGGUGGCUAUGGAUCAGACUUGGGGAUUGGUGGGAAUGAGAAAGUUGCAGUCAUCAGUGGCUGCAUAGGUGGUCUGAUACUAGUGGUGCUGCUCGUCGUCGUUUACUGGUACUGCCUUGCAUCCCCUCUUAAAAGAAGACUGAACAGACGUCGGCAGCCUCACAAUGACUCUGAAAAAGCAGCCACGAGUCUUGUGAAUGGGGGCAGCGUCGUCGUCAAGUCUGCGUCCCGAGGGAGUGUCCUGAUCAACCCAGGUCCGGAGUCCGCCCACCAAGAAGCUGGUAAUGGGCAGAACAGCACUCCUCACAGAGAAAGGAGGGAAAUCAGCAGAAGUCCAGACCUACAGAACCCUAGCUGUGAUCCUCUUCAUGGCGAACUACAGCCAUCCUCAUCUCCAAACAGCAGAAGAGAUGGCGAUGGGGAAGAAGACUCUGCCUGCAGAGGUUUAUCCAUGUCUAUCCCCGACGUAACCAAAGUCGACUGCGGUUCUAGGGAUGCUGAGAUCAGCAGUGUGCCCACGCCCCAGUUCUUCACUCUGGGACGCCACUCGAAGUCGUCGCCAAGUAAACGGGGCAGCCCGCUGAAGACCGCGAAACCUGACCUAUACGGAUCAGCUGAACUCAGCUACGCCCAGUCUCCCGUCAGGUACGAGCCGGUGGGCGCUCCCCAGUACUACCCAACCGUCCGUCCACGCCAGACGCCACCAGACUCCUACAGCGACGGUCCCGACGACAGCAGUUUAUCGGAGCAGCUGCUCUGUGACGAUCGGGCCUCCUCACCCCCUCCCCCAGCACCGGCAGACCACGCCCACUCCUACUCGAGCAUGCAGAGGCAUUCCAUCGCGCUUUUGUAAACAGUGAUAGAUAUUACGGAAUGAUUUUUUUUAAAAUAAUACAGUUUAUCUAAAAUACCUUUGACAGAGGAAGUCAUAGCUGUCAUAGCGUUAGUGAACGUCGGAGUUUCUUCUCCUUCCCCAAAAAUCCAUCAAGAUAAAAAGAAAGACUGACUAUUAUUACUUUAUUAUAAACCUUCACCUCGCUUUAAAGCACGUAUCAUAGUGAAGAUACAUGUCUGGUGCUGAAAAGAAAAUAAACAAUGAAAAAAUAAAAAUAUAAAAUUAAUCGGGUGACUGUGUGUGUGUGUGAGAGAGAGAGAGAGAGAGAGAGAGAGAGAGAGAGAAUCAAUUCUGAGUGUGAAAUCAUUUAACGAAAUCGAUGUUAAUUCCCAAAAUACGAGCGUAGUAAACGGUAAUCCGGAAAUGGUGAUGAUAGUUCUCAGAAUGGAGAGAGAGAGAGAGAGAGAGAGAGAGAGAGAGAGAGAGAGAGAGAGAGAGAGAGA